GUCGCGCGCCGCCAGCGGCGCGUCCUGCGUGAGGAGUGAGUGCGCACGCCCCGCCGCCACGUCGGCGCCGUGGGCGGGCGAUGUUUCCACGUUGUUGCGGCCGUUGGAGGUCGCGCAUCUCGGUGUGUUGGCGCGCGGUCAUGCCGUUGCGGCUCCUGAGCUCCGUGCAAAGCACGUGGUGCAGGUCCUUCGCGACCUCUUCCAUUUCGCCUGCACCGAACAGGUCGUGGCGAGUGUCUACGAGAAGGUGCUCCGGGAGGCGCCGGAAUUGCUAGGUGGAGCGCCUUUGCAACUGCAUGGUGUCGCGCCGGAGGCCACGCUCAUCCAACCUGUCACCACGCGCUGCGUGGACUGCGGGUGCGCCUUGGACGUGCAACCCGCGCACGUCGCGCUGGCUUUCCUGCUGCAUAUGGGGUGGAAAGAGGUCGCCUGGCGGCGAGCCACAUGCAGGUCUUGCCAUGCAUGGUACAGCAACGUGUGGUGCAGUCGUCCCGGUGCACGUGCUUCCUGUUUUUGUGUGGCUGCGCCGGAGGAUGUAGACUUCCUGCAGAUUGUGGCUUGUCCGCGCAAGAACGGCAAAGCCUUCAUCGAGGUCAGGGCUCUGUGGUUGAUGCGCGCAGCCCUGCUGCGCGUGCGCGCUCCUUUCAGCGGCUUUGUGGAGAUGCUAGCUGACUUGCAUGCGCUUCCGGCUGAUCGCAAGCAUGACUGUCUUCGUUUUGAGCAACAUUGGCUGUUGUUGGAGGCAUUGACGUUGCUGUGGCACCGAGCGCCCCAUGUUUUGCGUUCCGUGGCAUGGCCGCUGGAUGGGCAGCAUCAGACUCAGGCAUGGCAAGGGAUUUUGGAGCGAAUCCUGCCCUUGCUGAGCGGCUUGGUGCGAGACAUUCAUUUCCGGGAGCAUGUCUGCCACCUGUGCGCCGUGCCUGCAGUCACUCUGGAUGCCAAGUACGGGAUGACGUGUUCCUUGUGUAACCACCGGGAGGGCAGAGUGGUGGAAUACCCGGCCAUCAACUGCUCCGUCAUGUUUGGCUGUCAGCGUGGACCUGCUCCCGGGCAUUUGUACUGUCGCAUGCAUGCAGCGGACGGAGCACUGGCUGCUGCUGCGGACCAGCGCAUUCUCCGACAUCGCGACGUGGACGGAGUGCGCUCCUACAAGGUGGUUGGCUCGUCGGAGUGGUGCUUGGGUUCCGCUCUGUCCACUGCCGCCAUCCAGGCCUACGAGCAGCGGUUGGCGGAGCAACACGAUCGUCGCAAAAGACGCCGACGUGUUGCGGCUUCGUCGGCCCACCUGCCGGCGGAACCGGAGGUGCCUGGCGAUGCGGCUUUCCACGAUGCUGUGGAACCGGAGCUUCGGUCGCAGGCCGAUGAUGUCAAUCCAUGUGGCAUCGACAAGGUUGUGCUGCUGCCCCGCCGGUCUUAUGGAGGCUUGCUGGUGGCGAUGCUCCCUUGCGGCAGGGUUUGCUCCGCGGUGCCUUUGGCGCACGCGGAGUCACUGACUCAAGUCUAUGCGUUGCUCUCUUCGCUGACGCCGGAGGAUGGCGAUGCACGGCCACCGCUCCAGUAUGUGAUUUACGACAACGCGUGUGCCCUGGCUCGUUUUGCGCGGCACCCGCUCCGGAAGGAGCGGACGCCCACAGCGGCCGCAUUGGCUGCUUUGACUUACGUCCUUGACGGUUUUCAUGCACAGAAUCACACCAGCUGCCUGGACGAGAGCCAUCCUCUGUACACGCCGGAGGUGCAGCGCGCACAGCACGCUGCGCUGCAGGGACUGAACACGCAGACGGCUGAGCAAUUCUUCUCAUGGUUGGAUCCGUUUGUACGUUCGGCCAGCUGCAUGUCUCCGCCCGUCUUUCGGGUGUUUGUACAGAUCCUAAUUCAUUUGUUUAACACGUCUAUUUGCACGUCACCGGAGCCGCGCGUGCGCGCACGCCGCCCGCGUGCGUCGAUGGCCGCGGCCGGAACGCCUUCGCGACCAGAUGUCGCCUCCGUUGUGCCCGAAGCGGUGCAGCAACUUAAUUCGCCCGUGUCGCCUGUGCGGUUGCGCCGCAACCCGCGCGGUGUCGGGAUCUGGGGAGCCGGGAAAUACCACUGGCAGCGUCCUUCCGACGCGGAUAGGCCGCCUUGUAAGCUAGUCUGGUUUGAGACCCUCUCUGAAUCGUUGGAAACGACGACCGCGUGCAUUCGCUGGGUGACACCCUGUGGGUGGAUUUUGCUCCUGCACGGCUGUAGCUACGAACUUUGCCGGGUGUGCGCUCGGGCGAUGCAAGCGGAGGCUUCCGGGCCUUCAUCGGAGUCUCGCCGCCUCGUGCUCAUGGCUAAGCCUCGUGACGCACGCCUGCCCACGGGCGAGGAGGUUGACGAGUUUUUCCAGAAACUGGAAGCCGAAGCUGUCUUCCCUGCCGGGGCGCUGGAGCAGCUGGCGCCGCCGGAGCUGGUCUCGCUCUGGAAGGAUAUCGCGGCUACGCAGACCGUAGCGUGGCCCUGGGUGAUGCUCUGCGGGUUGGCUCUAGCCAGUUUUCUCACGCCGAAUGCUCGGCUGCAUCCUUUGGCUAGUUUCACGGUCUUCUCUCUGACGUGGUCCUUCUUUCUACACCCGGGCAGCUGUCACACCUCCAACCUGCUUCGUCUCUACCAAAACGUUUUCCAUGGCCUCGAGAAGAAGGUCAACAGGUUUCGCGCUGCAGAAUGUGCGCGUCUGCGCCAGGCAGCGCAACCGGGGGCAGACGCACAGGCGCUCCUCAAAGAGCGGUUGUCAAAGCUGCAGCCGCUCGCACUGCGCCUUGGCACGGGGUCUUUGGAGGGCAUCGGGCUUCGUAUGAGCCAGUUCCCUGACUGGACCGCGGCCUCCGGAUUUCUGGUCGAGGGGCUGCAAUUUGUACAGUGGCUGCAGGCGGAAUUUGGCUUGAACCGAGCCAUUGCGACACAGUUGUGGGAACGCAUGUCCUGGCAACGAGAUGUCGUGAAUCAAGGCCGGUCGUUCGACAUGACCUUUCCGUUUCUUGCCGUCUGCGGUGCGCUGCAUCUGGAGGACGUGUGGCCGAUGUUUGCGCAACCGGACCCGCUGGGGUUGCGGGGGCGCCUUUGUUUUUUUUACACUCGGCCGGCGCUGAAGCGCGCUCGUGGGAUCGAGGAUGCGAACCAGCGCUUGCGGAACCAUCGUGGUUCCAACAAUUUGGAGCAAAGCCUUGUGGACCGCUUCUGGCGCAUUUACCAGGCACAUGCCCAAGAGCAUCGGUCCGCGGCUGCGUUCAGCUGGCACUUGGAGUACCCGUUCCUCAACUAUUCCUUCAGUGACGAGGACGAGGCAGCUGCCACGUUCGCGCGGGCCUUUGAUGCGCACGUGCAGCUCCAGGAGGAAACGUUCCUGGUCCAGCACGAGCUCAGCAAGCGCCAUGGAAAGCUCAAAGGCAAGCACCUGCGCCACGCGUUGAAUUGGCACAAUGUGCUAUGCAGCUUUCUCCAACGUGAUCCACAAGCGUGGCCGACCACGGUCUCCGUUUCAGCGCUCCGCGCCGCGGAGCUGCUGGGCGCUGAGCGCAGGGAAAAGGAUGCUGUGCGUACCCAUGGGGACCAGAUUGUCGCAAUGCGGCGCAUGGACGCCGAGGACUUCAUCAAUGCGGUGCCUCCUGCCCAUCGCUCCAAGCUCCUUCCCUUUGCGGCCAUCUUGCUCCAAAUGCACACUGUCUGGUUGGAUUCCACAGCCCUGCGCUCCCACUACUUUGCGCGGGACAGCUUCCCGGGUGCGUCUGCCGAGAGCAAGCUGCAGUUCGUUUGGCGAGCAGUGAUGCUCCUGGAGCGGCUGUCUGUUGGCCUUUGUGGACUCACUACGAAUCCCUACGGGCCGAAACGGCUUCUGGCAGUGAAGCGCCCGGUGCCCACUGAGGACGGCCUGGCACGACGGACCUUUCUGGAUGUUUUGCGUGUCUUGGGCGUCGACCUUGCGGCGCACCAUGGGCUGGGCCUUGCUGAGACCUUGGCCCAGCGGCCUGCCAACGCGCCGCUCUUGGAGGACACUGCGCCGGACCUGGCAGCGGCUUCGUCGCUGCUCUCGUCGGUCGCAGCGUGGGCCGCUCCGGUCGAGUGA